AUGGAUUUCGGAAGGAUUGGCAAAGUAAACUUGGGGCUCGGCAUUAUAGCCCUUCUGUUGGAGAUCAUGGGGUUCGCAACUCGGGGAUGGAUACGCUUCAAAAUACAGUCGCCGAAUAUUAGUGAUGUCGAACGGAAACUAGGGUACCAGCCAAUGGAAUCUGUAUUUGAAAUUGGACUUUGGACAACAACAUCUUGUUUAAAUGGGUUAUGCAUUACGGUCAAGAACAGCGAAUGGGAUACCAUAGAAUCUAUUCAGGCAUAUGCUGAUGUUUUCAAUAUAAGACAAUACCAGAUCCUGGCUUCAAUGGCGAUUGGCUUCAGCGCCCUCGGCGUGCUGUUUCUCGUGUUCCACUUCAAACGACCGGUCCUCGUCAACAAGUGUAACGGUCUUCUUUCUGCAGGAUGUUUCAUCAUUGCAGGUGCCUUGAUGUGGUAUGUGGUCGGAAAGUGUGCUAAUCUAGCAACGAACCUUCACCCAACUCUGUCCUACACCGAGGGAUUGACCGCCAUGGCUCCUUACUCUGUCGUCGUCGCUGCCGUUGGAGCCGCGACCGCGUUUGUCGUGGCGACCUUGACCUUGGUGGAGGUGUUCUAUACUUCCUGUUUAAGUGAAGGUGGCAUCAUCAUCAGUAGAUUCCCCACUGGUCAGCAGCACACUCUUCUGAAUAUCAAUCAUCAAGGAAAUCCCAUGGCACCUCCUAUGGCUUCUCAAACCACUCACAUCGGAGUCACUAUGCACCAUCCCCGUGUUUAA